UCCAACCUUCCCAGCUCCUUGGUCUACACCCCACCUCAAGGCGGCUUGUACACGACAUCUUUGCGGAUUUUCUUAGACUUUUCUUCUUUCUGCCUGCCCGCUUAUACAUAUUCUGGGCUACGGCGCGGGUUUCCUCUUGCUUUCCUCUGAUUGAGAGGCCCUUACCCUUGACACGUGCGCUGUUCCUGAAUCGCGCCGGUCGAUGCUCUUUUCUCGUCCCCCAGCUCGGCUUUCCUGGAUUUUCGCUUUCCGGCCGACCAAGUCUAUCCCUCAGCUCCGAUCAAGAUAUUUCUCGGUAUCCGUUCCGCGAUACGCCGUCGAGAUGGAAACCGUUGAUACGACCAAACGCCUAGGCGACUUGAGAAAGUUGAUGCAAGAGCACAAGGUCGACGUGUACAUCGUUCCUUCGGAAGAUAGUCACCAGUCGGAAUAUAUUGCGCCUUGUGACGGCCGGCGAGAAUUCAUAUCUGGGUUCACUGGUUCUGCCGGAACGGCGAUUAUCUCCUCGAGCGAAGCCGCACUAUCCACUGAUGGCCGGUACUUCAACCAAGCAGCGAAGCAGCUUGAUAACAACUGGACGCUUUUAAAACGCGGGGUUGAGGGUGUCCCAACUUGGCAGGAGUGGAUAACCCAACAAUCCGAGGGAGGCAAAGUAGUCGGAGUUGACCCGGCUCUGAUUACAGCCGCGGCGGCACGCAAUCUUUCCGAAACCCUCAAGAAAAACAACUCAUCCCUAGUUGGAGUAUCGAAGAACCUUGUCGACGCGAUUUGGGGCGAAGAUCGCCCUGCUCCCCCAAGAGAGAAGGUUAGAGUUCAUCCCGAAAAGUAUGCAGGAAAGUGUUUUCAGGAGAAAGUUAGCGAUCUGCGCAAGGAGUUGGAGACCAAGAAGGCGGCUGGAUUUGUAAUUUCUAUGCUUGAUGAAAUUGCUUGGCUCCUUAACUUGAGAGGCAACGAUAUCCCGUACAAUCCAGUCUUCUUCUCCUACUGUAUUGUCACACCCACGACGGUUGAACUCUACAUCGAGGAUGAGAAGUUGACCCCUGAGGUUAAAGCACAUCUUGGAGUAGACGUUAUCGUUAAGCCUUACGAGUCUAUCUUUGCCGAUGCCAAAGCACUUUUUGAGGCCAAGAAGCAAGACCCCGAGGCACCGCCUGCCAAGUUUCUUUUGUCCAAUAGAGCUUCGUGGGCUCUCAACCUGAGUCUGGGUGGUGAGGAUCAUGUCGAUGAGACGCGUAGUCCUAUCGGCGAUGCGAAAGCUGUGAAGAACGAGGUCGAAUUAGCUGGCAUGAGGGCUUGCCACAUCCGCGACGGGGCUGCCCUAGUUGAAUACUUCGCGUGGCUCGAGAAUGAGUUGGUUAAUAAGAAAACAAUCCUGGACGAAGUUGAUGCAGCCGAUAAGCUGGAGCAGAUCAGAUCGAAACACGACCUGUUCGCCGGUCUCAGCUUUGAUACUAUAUCCUCGACGGGCCCUAAUGGCGCCAUCAUCCACUACAAACCGGAGAAAGGGGGUUGCUCCGUGAUCGAUCCCAACGCCAUCUAUCUAUGUGACUCUGGAGGACAAUAUUUGGACGGGACUACAGAUGUGACCAGGACCUUCCACUUUGCACAACCCACUGAGCUCGAGAAGAAAGCUUUCACAUUAGUGCUCAAAGGCCUCAUCGGCCUCGACUCCGCCGUAUUCCCGAAAGGUACAAGCGGCUUUGCCCUUGACGUUCUAGCCCGCCAACACUUGUGGAGAGAGGGACUUGAUUUCUUACACGGAACUGGUCAUGGAAUUGGCUCCUACCUGAACGUACACGAGGGACCCGUCGGUAUUGGUACUCGGGUGCAAUACACGGAAGUUCCCCUAGCUCCUGGCAAUGUUAUUUCUGACGAACCGGGUUUCUACGAGGACGGCAAGUUCGGCAUCCGUAUCGAAAACGUCAUUAUGGUGCGUGAGGUCCAGACUACUCACAAGUUCGGCGAUCGACCUUGGCUGGGCUUUGAGCAUGUCACACUAUGCCCAAUCGGCCUCAACCUGAUUGAACCGUCGCUUCUGAGCGAUCAUGAGAUCAAAUGGGUCAACGAUUACCAUGCUGAAGUGUGGGAAAAGACCAAUAUGUUCUUUGAGAGCGAUGAGCUCUCGCGUAACUGGCUCCAGAGAGAGACUCGCCCGAUCUCGAAGUAGUUAAUGUUGUAUGUACGGAGUACUAGGUAGAUAUUGAUAGAGCGAACUUCAUAAUGGAAUAGAGGGAUUUCCUGUA